GUUCGAAUUACCCCAUUUCUCUCCCAUCCCUCUCUCCGCUGCUGUAUUCAUCCCACUCGCCCCCCUGUUGCAUUCAUCAUGGUCUCCUGGAAGCUCUCCUCCCUGCUGCUGCUGUCCCUGCGCGCCCUCGGUGCCUUUGCGAAGAUUGAGGUCGAGCAGGUCGCAGUUGAUAAUGAGGCGCAAACGCCCAACCUCAAGGUUGCCGUCUCCGUCUCAUUCCCGCAGUCGGAGAUCUUUGGCGUAAAGCUCAUCAACGGCCACGCCACCGAAGCCCGUCUCUCCAUCACCAAUGACGAGCCCACGCCCAUUGGCGUAAUCAUUGUCGGCGGCUCGCUCAUCCAGGAAGUCAGCGGCCAGUCCCAGAUCGUCCGUAAUCUCACCAACCAGCGCUACUCGAUCGAGAUUCCCGCGGGCCAGGAGGAGACGGUACCUUACACCUUCAGCACCGAGCUGCACCCCCAGAACCUGCGUUUGCAGCUCGUUACCGUCUUGAAGGACGCCAAGGGUGCUUUCUACACCGUCCCCGUCUACAAUGAGACUGUCAGCAUCGUUGAGGCGCCGACUAGCUUCUUCGACCCGCAAAUCAUCUUCCUUUACCUCGUCCUCCUCGGCGCUUUCGGCGGAAUCGUCUACUUCAUCUACAACACCUGGAUCACCACCUUCUUUCCCCAGAAGAAGGGUCGCGGCAAGGGCGGCGAGCGCGCUAAGAAAUCCUCUGCUGGCUCCAAGAAGGUCGACCCCGCCGACCAGGUUGCUGUCGUUGGUGCUGAUGGCCCCGCUGUGACGUCCGGUGCGAAGGCAUACGACGAGAGCUGGAUCCCUGCUUCUCAUCUUCAGCGUCCCGAGGCCAAGCGCGUUCGCAGCGGCACCCCCAAGGCCAAGCCCAGGGUCUAGACUCAAAGCAUUAUAAUGGAUGGGAAUAUCUUGCAAAACGAGCAGAGGAGCAGGAAGUCUCACCGAGACGUUUUGUAUUCUUGGCAAGGGUUGGCCAAUCCUGCCAUGUCCAUGUGGAAGAGAUCAGUUGGAUAAAAUGGCUCUCUUAGGUGCACUUUGAGGAGGAGGUUGCUGAUACGGGGCGCU